AUGGCAGAAACAGACAUUAAGGGAAAAUCUGUUCUGGUUACCGGUGGUGCUUCAGGUCUAGGUGCUCUGUACGCGGAAGCGUUUUUGAAAGAAGGAGCUGCAACUAUAGCCAUCCUGGACAUACAAGCAGAAGUUGGUGAAGCAACAGCAAAUCGUCUCAACAACAAUUAUCCAGGAAAGGUGUUAUUCAUCAAUUGUGAUGUGAGCAGUGAAGACGCUAUUACAGCAGCUUUCGAGCAAGUCGUGAGCGAAUUUAAACAAAUCGAUGUGAUUAUUAACAAUGCUGGUAUCAUGAGCGACGCACCUAAAGUAUGGAGGAAUGCUAGUGAUGUGAAUUGGCAAGGUGUGGUAUCACUGACGAUGAAAGGAGUGAAGCAUAUGAGGAAAGACGAAGGUGGUGCAGGUGGUACAAUUAUUAACGUGUCAUCCACUGCUGCUGUUUAUCGGUGGAGACACCUGCCAAUCUACUCUGGCUCGAAAAUGGCUGUGCUGCACUUUAGUCAGAGUUUAGCCGUGGAGCCUUUUUAUGAACAAACUGGUGUAAGAAUACUAACAAUAUGUAUUGGACCGACAGACACCCCACUAAUGCUAGGAUUGCGCGAAAGAGCUUAUGAUGACAAAACUGGCGAAGAACUAGUCGCACUUGAUGCAGAGUAUAAAAAACAAUAUCAGAAUCAAAAGCCCGAGUCAGCCGUGGCUGUGUGUUUACAGAAGUUCAAGGAAGGAGCAAAUGGAUCAAUUUGGUUGUCUUUAUCAGACAAACCAGCCAGGGACAUUACGCCCGUCAUAUCUGCCGCAUUUAAAGAAUUUGAAAAGUUGAGCGAACCAUAA